UGUUCCUUUUCUUGAAUAAACAUAAUACCGCAUUUCACCGCAUUAGGUGCUACGAAAAUAAGAUAGGACUAUUCUCUUAAUUUUGUCCUAUUUAUUUGGAUCAUCUUUGUUUAUAUUUAGGUGAUCUCUCUUCCAGUUAGACUGUUGUUUCUUUAAGUGUAUUAUUCUUACAAUACGAUUCUUUUCUUUAGUAGUAGGCGUUUGUUUAAUAGGCCGGCACAGUGAUAUAGAAAUGUCCCUCUCCCCAGUCGGAAUAUUCUUUGUCGUCGCUUCUCUGUUUUUACUCCUUUACUUUGUGGUUGGCAUUUUCGUACGCUACCGUGGUGGCCUUCAUCGCUUCCCAGAGGUGCUUCCGAACUAUAUUUUCUGGUGUAAAUUGUUCAGUGGGGUGGUUCGUAUCCUAACUUGCGGCCGUUGCCGCGUGCGAAUCCCCGUAAGAAGCAACUCUAUCAGUGGGUUGACAAUGCUCCCGAGCCGACCAAGCCUCGCUGUUGACGUCACCUUCGAGGGGCUCUCUAGCGACGAAAAUGAUAACUGGCAGGAGGCAAGCCGUGCGAUGGAGCCCGCUGAGGUGGUGGUUCGCAGCUGAAAUUAGCUCAGGGGAUACAAAAAAUGGGUGUGUAUUUAUAAAGAGAAGAAGAAUGAAAAUAAACUAUGCGUAAUUAAUUAUUGCCAAUAUUUCCGUUAACAGAUAGAGAUAAAUUUAUAUUCUUUGCGUGUUGUUCUUUCAUAGCCUUUUAUUGGCAGCAACUGAAGGUACUCCUGUUGUCUCUACCCUUACCUUCGAUCUAAGUCCAUAUGUACGAUGGUUAUGUUUAACAAAGGAUCAUAAGUCAUAAUACAGUCGUGGAUAUUUUUAUGCAAUUCGUUGGUUUCUUGUGCAUACAAACGUAAUUGUUAUGCAUUGUUAUCGAGGCUUCAUUUUUGAUAUUCUUCGAUUAUUUCAGUACAAUAAAUUGUUUGCACUUAUUUCCUCUUCUUUAAAAGAGCUCAUGGAUGUAUUAUGAUCGUAUAUUUGUAUGGUUAA